AUGAGUUCAACAAGCAAAGCAUGGAUUGUGGCAGCUAGUGUUGGAGUUGUGGAGGCCUUGAAGGACCAGGGCGUAUGCAGGUGGAAUCACGCUUUGAAAUCAGCUCAACAACAUCUCAAAAACCAUGUUGGAUCUUUGUCACAGGCAAAGAAGCUUUCCUCUUCUGCCAUGGUUUCUAGUUCUACCAGAUUGAAGGGGAAGCAAUCAGAAGAGUCCUUAAGAACUGUUAUGUACUUAAGUUGUUGGGGUCCCAACUAG